GCGGUACUCGACUAAAAUACUCGCCUAGUCCGAACAAGGUUUAAGGGCUAGUUUUUAGUUGUCUAGUGUAGACAAAGUUAAUUAUUCUAUCAUUUUUCAAAUCGUACAUUCUAGUGUAUGUUAUUAGACAGUAUUUAUCUUAUCUUUCUUAUACCUUUAAACGAGCAAUUCUUGUAUAUAUAUAAUCUGAAUCUCAGACAGGGCUCCAACGAUUUUCAUAAAAUUUAGCAUACAGGGGAUUUCGGGGGCGAUAAAUCGGUCUAGCUACGAUUUAUUUUCAGAAAAUAUUGUUUUAUUCGUGUUUUCAGUAAUCAACUCUUCCCGACAUCUAUUAGCGAAUAGUAAUACUAUUUUUCUUAAUUGAGGGCAACUAACCGCUUUAAAGACAAACAAGAUGGCGUUAUCAAAAAAAAAUCAUCGGUCAUCAUCUAGUUUCAGUUUAAUUGAGACUUAGUGUUUGUCUACGCGUUUAUAACACACAUCCGCCCGGAUGAAUAUGGAUACGCAGUGGUGCUUCAAAACGUAAGACGAGGUAUUCAAGAUCACGUUCCAUGGGAUGGAAUCGCACACACGCCUGCUCCGCAUGUCCAGGCAUUACCGAUACUCACCUCCAAUCAGAAAAAGGAAAGGAACAGAAGUGUCUCUUCGUUACUGAUUAUAUUGAUCAUCCUAUAUAUACUGAUGCUACUCAAGUUGUUCACACUGAUUAUCUAUUCAGUCAACAGGACCAGGCGACCAAUGCGAUGCGUACGAUAAAACUGUAUUAUUAACAAGCGCAGAAAUUUUCCAAAUUGUUAGCAGAAUAAAUGAACGGAGGAAUUUCGUUGCUAUGGGACUAGCAAAUUUUUUGCCUCAAGCUGCUGACAUGAAGGAAAUUAUUUGGUCACAAGAAUUAGCUAAUUUUGCUCAACGUUGGGUUGAUCAAUGCGACCAAAAUAUUCAACCAGAUAAAGAAGAUAUCUGUCGUGACUUAGGCUAGUAUUAUUAAUGUUUAAGACCUUUCUGUUUCUUUUUUUUUUCUAAUUUUUUAAGUUUUUUAUUACUCUGUCGUAUUUCUCUUCGAAUAUGUUAUAGUCAUAUCACCACUUCAAUCUUAUAUUAAGUAUUUUAGGUGAGAUAUUUUUUAAAGACGACUUUUUGCGCUUCUUAUUUAUCUAACUUGAAAUCGAUUAUUGCGUUGCAAUAUAAUUGAAUCGAACAAAACAAUUGAUGAAAUAUAUAAUUAUACGCUUAAGACAACAAAAGAUUCCAACAAUUAUGUUCACAGUUAAUGCGAAAGUAGGACAAAACAUCGCCACAAUUUUGGGAACUACAACAGGCCUUAAUGUAAAAAGUUUCGUGGAUAUGUGGUUUAUGCCGAUACUGACGUAUAAGGGAAACGUCGCCUAUUACAAUGAAUCAGAGAAUCACAGCAUGAGCUAUUUCACACAAUUGAUCUGGGGCGAAAGUGACUCCGUAGGCUGCGGCAGAGCCAGAUUUUAUCUUCAAUCAAAGCAGAAAAUGGCUGUAAGACUUGUUUGUAAUUUUGCACCCAAAGGAAAUUUUCGUGGAAAACCAAUUUACACAAUAGGUUACCCUGCAACUCAAUGCAGGGGUAAUUCAGCACCCAACACAAAAUAUAUUGGACUUUGCACUAAGCAGUUUCUUAUACCAGCAAGAAAAUUUACGUCUCGGCCUUUCCCGCCGAGCAGUUUACUCAGGAUACUUAAUUUAUCAAAUAAUUCAACGAAGGAUGAAAUGGAUUCCAAUCGAAAUAAUUUGAAACAAUCGCUUUUUGAAGAAAAUGAUACAAAAGAUCAUAGAUAUCAGAAAUCCAGACAUAUUUAUUUUGAUAGAACAAGCGAUAGCCAUCGAAGACCAUCUCAUUAUGGAUUUCAAAAACACUCAGCGGUAACAAACAUUCACAAAAGUCGAAAGCACCUAAACAAAGAAACUUCACGUAUGCUCAAAGUAUAUUAUAAUCAAAGAUAUGAUGCCCUUCAGGACAAAAAGGAAAAAAAUCUAGAUCUCAGAAAAAGAUAUGACAGUAAGAGAACCUACAAGAAUUCGGCUUCUGAGACCAAAAUAGACCAAUGCACUCGUAAAAUCACACCAACUACAACAAUAACAACAACUCCAAACAAUAUUUCGAAAAAGUAUAGAGCAAACGCUUGCACGCGAAAGAGUAAUAUAAAUUGCAAAUCAACCACUCCCUUUCAAACAACUUCACAUGGACGGUGCUCUACUUUGAACGUCACCUCGAUAUUUACGGAACUAUGUCCUUGCAAUAAGAAAACAACAACUUGUAUAACAAUUCCUACGAUCUGCAACUGUUACACAAACUGCAAAUGCUUAGAGAAUAAGUCGCCUAAAUGGGAAUCGAUAAAAGAUUUUAGAAAAUUUAAAAUGGAUAAGAAAGAAAACCCUAAUAUCAAUUACCAGGAAAUGUUUCCUAAUAUAGAAGUAAAAAAUGGCGCUCCAAUAAUACCAAUAAAUCACUAUCCAAUAUUAUAUCCUUGGAUUGUAAAUACCAUGAAGCCUACAACCAAUAUUUGGACAGCAGCCAAAACUACACCAUCAAACUCAUACCUUUAUUCGAAUGAAAAAUACACUGGCGAAACACUAGAAACACGAAAAAAAAGACAGCAUGGAUUGAAUAGUCAAAUUACAUUAAAACCAUUUUGGCAAAUGGAUGAACUUCAUUACAAAAUGCCAACAGAGCUUAGAUCUCUUCGUUAUACAACAAUACCUAGUAGGAGAAGCAAAUUAACAACGCGGACAUCAAAAAUGCAAACCGAAAGUAUAACAAUAAGACCAAAACAACCUAAAAUAAAGAAUCAGAAAGACCAUGUGUCUGAAAGAUAUUUAUCAUUCGAAGAACUUAUGCAUUUGAGAAAGCUUAAUCCUGGAGAUAACAAACAAGAUUGGCGUCGGAAAGAAAGUCAAGGAAAUAUAUUGAGAGAAGAUACUACGACUCUCAGUACCGAUCCGACCACAGCGGAAACUUCAGAAAUAACAACCAAUACACCUUUUAUAAGAAAUAAAUACUGCACACGCAAACUUACUUGUACAUGGACAGCUUUUACUGGGAACGAAACUAGCAACAUUGGUGGCAUUAUCGAUCACGGCUCAAGGACUCCACCAGGAUACGUUGACGGUUGUACGCGGACGUCGACUUGCACACGAGAGUUCAUGGACCGUAAUAAAAUGGAUUCUGUAUCUCAUGAAGAUGCAGGGGCAACAACCAUUGAAGAUCAAGAUUACUGUGAAAAACGCUCUCUGAAUGUCAGAAGGAGAAAUUUAGAAGUUGUUACAACAGCCGAUUAUUAUAGUAAUGCAUAUCGAGAAACGUAUACUCACUCACCUUUAGACAGUAAUAAAUCAUAUCGUAUACUAUCUACAGAAAAAAUAAUUGAAAGUCUAAGUCCUGGUGAGGAUUGUAGCUGUUAAAAAGGAUAAUCAAGAUAAAAAACCAUCGAAAAUUGAGAUUUUUUUUCAAGUUAGGUCUUUUUCAAUACUCAUCAUGACUGUAAAUAUAUUAUAAAAUAAACUUUAUACUUUAGUGGAGAAUUUUUUUUCAAUGCCGUAUUAAAACAAAUCGAUACAGUCAGAAAGUUUGACGUUUUCGGUGUAAAUUGUUAAGAACAAUUAGGUCGUUCGUUUGUCAUUAAUUCCUUUAAAAAUUUGAGCUAUCAAGCAAGUCACUGUCCAUUUUUAUUUUUUUGUAACAGUUUUGUAGCUUAGAAUUUGGGUAAUGAGAUAUUUAUUGUAAAUUUUGACUCAAUGUAUUUUUAUAUAGAUAAACACAUUUACAAACUGGAAACGUAAAAAAGAUAGGUUACAUUUUGUACAAGUUUUUAAAUCAAUUUGUUACGUCAAUAAACUUUUUCAAGACUUUAUGUUCA